UGGCGAUCGAUCGCGGUUAAUGAUCACAAGGGUUUUACGGCUCCGGCGAGGGCUGAUUGGCUUCGGGGCGGUCAGGCCAGAAGACCUCACCGCGGCGGGCGACCGCCCAGGGGACGUGGUGUCUUAUAGGGCGCGGGCGAAGCCGGUGGCACCCUUUUGCCCAGGAUGCUGGGGUCCAGCGCGCUGGCCGGCGCCGUGUUCGGUGCCCUCCUGGUGCUGGUCGCACCGUCGUUGACCCCCAUGCACCGCGCCGGUUACUGCGCCUUCUACGGCGAAUGCGGCCGCAACCCGGAGGUGAACAUGUCGCUGGUGCCCUCCAACGUGCCGUGCCUCUCCAACACGCCGGCACGGGUGGCCACGCGCACGGUGCUGAACAUGCUCCCCAGCGUCUGCCCCGAGCUGGUGCGGGGGGACAACGAGACGACGCGGGUUUGCUGCUCCUUGGGGCAGCUGGUUGCCCUCCGGCUCAGCGUGGCGCUUUCCGGCACCGUCCUUUCCCGCUGCCCGGCGUGUGCCAGGAAUUUCGCCAACCUUUACUGCAACAACAUCUGCAGCCCCGACCAGAGCCUCUUCACCAACGUCACCCGCAUCGUCAACCGCACCACGGCGCUGGGACGGCCCCAGCUCGCCGUCGUGGAGUACCAAUGUUUUUACCGGCGGGAUUUCGCCGACGCUUCUUUCGACUCCUGCAAAGGCGUCCGCUUGCCGGCUACCGGCGGUUACGCCAUCGACACCAUGUGCGGCCGUUACGGCGCCCGGCUCUGCACCACCCAGCGUUGGUUGGAUUUCCAAGGGGAUAAAAACAACGGCUUGGCACCGCUGCAGCUCGAUUUCCAGCUGGUCCCCAACGGCACGCAGCCCGGCGAUGGCAUCGUGCCGCUGGCCACGAAGGCUUGGCGCUGCAACCAGGCGCUCAGCACCCAGGAACAGCCUUGCUCUUGUCAGGACUGCGCCGAAUCCUGCCCGCCGGUGGUCGCUCCCCCCGGCCCGCCGCCCCCCUUCCGCUUGGGCGACGCCGACGGCGCCUUGGUCCUCUGCGGGCUGCUCUUCGGCCUCCUCGCCCUCAUCUUCAUCCUCUCCUUGCUGUUCCGCAGCCGGCGGGUCAAGAAGGAUGCGACGCCGGCGCCGGUGCCGGCGCGCGCCGCGGGCUGUGCGGCACGCCUGGGCGAUGCCAGCCACCACCUGCUGGCGGGGGCUUUCUGCCGGUGGGGCACGCUGGUGGCCCUGCACCCCGUGGUGGUGCUGGUGGUGGUGGUGGUGGUGGCGGGUGGUUUAUCAGCCGGUUUGGUUACUCUCCAGCUCACCACCGAUCCGGUGGAGCUGUGGUCGGCGCCUGGCAGCCGCGCCCGGCAAGAAAAAGCUUUUCACGACCAACACUUCGGUCCUUUCUUCCGCACCAACCAGGUGAUCGUGACGGCGCCUGGCCGGCCCAGCACCAGCUAUGAGUCGGUGGUGCUGGGCGCCAAGAACUUCAGCGGGGUGCUGUCCGAGGAGGUGCUGCGGGUGCUGCUGGAGCUGCAGGAGCAGCUGGCGGCCACCACGGCGUGGGCACCGGUGUCGGGCAAGGAGGUGACGCUGAGUGACAUCUGCUACGCUCCUCUCAACCCCACGCAGCCCGGGCUGGGCGACUGCUGCAUCAACAGCGUCACCCAGUACUUCCAGAACAACAGCACCCGCCUGGCCAUGACGGCCACCCAGGCCGACGGCAAGGUGAUGGGCACGGUUGACUGGCGCGAUCACCUCAUCUACUGCGUCAACUCCCCACUCUCCUUCAAGGACAUCACGGCGCUGGAGCUGAGCUGCAUGGCCGCGUACGGCGGCCCCGUCUUCCCCUACAUCGCCCUCGGCGGCUACCCCGACUCCGAGUACACGCAGGCAGAGGCGCUGAUCAUCACCUACUCCCUGCACAACUUCCCCCGCCACGACCCACGCCACGAGUGGGUGCUGAGCUGGGAGCAGCGCUUCCUCGAGGUGGUGGGCGACUUCCAGCGCGCCCACCGCCCCAACCUCUCCGUCACCUUCAUGGCCGAGCGCUCGCUGGAGGACGAGAUCAACCGCACCACCGGGGAGGACAUCCCCGUCUUCGCCAUCAGCUACCUGGUGGUCUUCGCCUACAUCGCCCUGGCGCUGGGCGAGUACACGGCCUGGCGCCGCGUCCUGGUGGAGUCCAAGGUGACGCUGGCGCUGGGGGGCAUCGCCGUGGUGCUGGGCGCCGUGUUCGCUGCCAUGGGGGUGCUGGCGCUGCUGGGGCUGCCCUCGUCCCUCAUCAUCCUGGAGGUCGUGCCCUUCCUCGUCCUCGCCGUGGGCGCCGACAACAUCUUCAUCUUCGUGCAGGAGUACCAGCAGUCGCAGCGGGCGGCGGGUGAGACGCGGGAGCAGCACAUCGGGCGGGGUGCUGGCCAGGUGGCCCCCAGCACGCUGCUCUGCAGCCUCUCCGAGGUCAUCUGCUUCCUCCUGGGGGCGCUCUCCUCCAUGCCCGCCGUCCGCACCUUCGCGCUCACGGCCGCGCUGGCCAUCGCCUUCGACUUCCUGCUCCAGAUGUCGGGGUUCGUCGCCCUCCUGGCACUCGACGCCCGGCGGCAGGAGGACCCGUGCCAGGACCCGUGCCAGCCUGGCGCUACCCGCAGGCCGCCCCGCUUCGACCUGUGCUGCUGCUGUGGGGUGGGCAAGGGGGGGCCCGCGGGGCCGGGGGCCGGGCUGCUGCGCCCACUGCUGCGCCGCUACUACACCCCCCUGGUGCUGCACCGCCGGGUGCGCCCCGUCGUGGUGCUGCUGUUCCUCUUCCUGGGCUGUGCCGGGCUGUACCUGGCGCUGCAGGUGCCCGUGGGGCUGGACCAGGAGCUCGCCAUGCCCGAGGACUCCUACAUGCUGCAGUACUUCGCGGCGCUGAACCGGUACCUGGCGGUGGGGGUGCCCACCUACUUCGUCACCACCGGCGGCUACGACUUCUCCUCCACGAACGGCACCAACGGCAUCUGCUCCAGCGCCGGCUGCGACGCCGACGACGCCGACUCCCUCACCCACACCAUCCAGUACGCCACGCGCUUCCCCAACGUGUCCUACCUGGCCAUCCCCGCCACCUCCUGGGUGGAUGAUUUCCUCGACUGGCUCAACCCCACCGGCCGCUGCUGCCGCAUUCACCAGUUUGGCAACCACACUGGGGAGUUCUGCCCCGCCACCAGUGAUGCCCCCACCUGCUUCAAGUGCCUCAAAGUCACGCGGCGCCCGACGGUGGAGGAGUUCGAGCGGUUCCUGCCCUGGUUCCUCCACGACCGCCCCACCCUGCAGUGUGCCAAGGGCGGCCUGGGCGCCUACGACACGGCAGUGAGCAUGGACGCCAACGGCACCAUCCUGGGUGAGUGCAGUCCUCCCCGUUUCAUGGCGUACCAGCGCCCGCUGCGCACCUCGCAGGAGUACACGGCGGCGCUGCGGGGCUGCGCGGCCCUGGCCGAGGAGCUCACCGCCACGCUGCGCCGCGUGCCCGGCACCCAUCCAGACUUCCGAGUCUUCCCCUACACGGUGACCUACGUCUACUACGAGCAGUACCUGACGGUGGUGGCCGAGGGGCUGGUGACGCUGGCGCUGGCCUGGGUGCCCACCUUCGGCGUCUCCUUCCUGCUGCUGGGCAUGGACCUGCGCUCCAGCGGCGCCACCCUGCUCACCAUCGCCAUGAUCCUGGUGGACACCGUGGGCGCCAUGGCCCUCUGGGACGUCCCCUACAACGCCGUGGCCCUCAUCAACCUUGUGACAGCGGGUCCCCGCAGGCCGUGGGGCAUCUCGGUGGAGUUCGUGUCCCACCUGACGUGCGCCUUCGCCCACAGCCCCGCGCCCAGCCGCGUGGGCCGCGCCGCCGACGCCACCGUCAACAUGGGCAGCAAGGUGGUGGCCGGGGUGGCCAUGACCAACCUGCCGGGCAUCGUGGUGCUGGCCUUCGCCAAGGCGCGCCUGGUCCAGGUCUUCUUCUUCCGCCUCAACCUCAUCAUCACGCUGGCGGGGCUGGCGCACGGGCUGCUCUUCCUCCCCGUCCUCCUCAGCUACGUCGGACCCAGCCCGCGGGUGGCGGCGGGGGGACACGGCGGGGGACACGGGGGCGGGUGUGGGGCAGGGUGUGGGGCUGGCCCUCGGCAACCCCUGCUUCAAGGACAAGGACAAGGACAAGGACAAGGACAAGGACUGAGCCCCCCUGCCCCUCCCCCCCCCCCUCCCCUACGGCUCUUGUAUUUAAACUGGUUUUCUCAGACGCGGGACUGGGUUUUAAUUGGGAUGUCUGGGGCACGCGGGGACAUGCGGGGCACAAGGGGACGCCCCCCGAGUGCCACCAUCGCGCUGUGGGCAGGGAGACGGUGGCUGGAGGCCGUGCGGGGAGGAAUGGGGGCACUGGGCAGUACUGGGCUGGUACUGGAGGUGCUGGGAGGCACUGGGAUGGCUCUGCGUGGCCACUGGGAGCACUGGGGGGCACUGGGAUGGCCCUGA